AUGUCCAGCUGCAAAGGUGGCAAGAAGAAGCCCCUGAAACAGCCCAAGAAGCAGACCAAGGAGAUGGCCGAGGAAGAUGAGGCAUUCCAGCAGAACCAAAAAGAGGAGCAGAAAAAACUCAAGGAGUUAACAGCGAAAGCCCCAGGGAAGGGCCCCCUGGCCACAGAUGGAAUUAAGAAAUCUGGCCAAAAGUGA